AUGUCAUCGAUACAUCGAUCCAACCAACCCGGCGUUGACUCCUCCCCCUAUACUUUUAGGAACCCCAGCUACAACCCAGUCAGCUCGAGUUCCGGAUCCGAAUCCGACACCUCGGACAACAACGAACCAAGCUCCGCCCUCAACAUCCCCGGAGUCCCGACCCGCCGGAGCGAGCGCGCCCAAGCGCAGGAAUGCAAAGCCCUAGUCGACAAGCUGCUCCUGGACCUGCGUGCCCUCCCGCCCAACACCCUAUCCCCCAUCUGCUACGACUUCCCGGAGCCCGUGUACUCGUUCCCGUGCCCGCGCCGGGAUUACAUGAUCACUCUGUUCAUGCAGGCGCGGAUCUAUGGCUCCGACAGCCUGGACCCACACGACGGCGAGUUCUGGGACUCGCUCAAGGUGGUAGCAGGCGAGGGCGUCUCGGACGAGAUGGAGGAUCUGCCUUGCCGCCGGUUCGCGGUUCGAUUCGUGCGCUUGCGCGUGCUGCAUCCGGGCCUGGAGAACGCGGUGGGCGAUGUGGAGUAUUGGACUACGUAG